GGGAAGAGGCGUGUGGAGAAGGGCUGGCCGAGCAUCUCUACAUGAGAUGCAAAGAAUACAGCAAGAUCUAUGUGGUGAACUUUGCCGUGCUUUUCGUGACCUUCUUUGGGUGUUUGCUCUCCCUCAUUGGCAUGCUGGUGGGCUGCUUCCGACCCCUUAGAAGAGCAGGUGGCAUCACUUAUGGUUUGCUGCUGUUCUGCGGCUUUGCCAUGUUGGUCCUCAAUGUGACCUGGGCUUUGGUAACAUGGAAUGCGUUUACCAAUUUGGGCGAAUCAGCUUGGUAUCCCUAUCCCGACUUGGCCAUCGGUUGGUUCCUCCACCUUUAUGGCAGCUUAACUAUGCUCAUUUCCGCGCGAGUCUUUGGAUGGCUGGUGAUGCCAUUGGUCCGCGCCUUCGACCCUGAGGAGGAGGAUUUGCAACAACGAAAGGACAAGCUGAGAAUGAUGAACUUCUGGAAUCGGGAUAGAGAGCAGCAACAGUGCAUGAUGCAGCAGCAACAGCUACCUGUUCAGGUGCAGGGGAUGCAUCCUGGCCAGUAUGGUGCUUAUGGCAAUAAUGCCUAUGAGUAUCCGAUGGCCCAGGAGGGAGGGGCAAAUAUUUAUGGUGCCCCAAUGGGCCCAGGCCUUGCGCCUAUGGAAGCUCCAAGAGUUUGAGAUGCAGUAGCAGGCUAGUUCCUUAGCACGGCGUGCUUGCUAAUGUCAGUUUGAACCAAGAGCUGACGGUUCCCAUCUGAACGUCCGUGGCUUUGAAGUGUUUUGCUCACUCCGGACUGUCUAAGACAGCCUCAGCCGUCGGUCCAUCGCCUUUUAGCAAACUUAAGCAUUUGGGCGAGGGCUCAAAUGCAGCGCAGAGCUACCAGGGAAAAGAGGCAACUUUGUCCUGGGAAUGUACUCGUUUUUUGGCUGAAUUCUUUUGUUGCAUGCUUGUAUGCUUAUUGGGAAAGCUAUAGGAAGCUAUGUAUAGCUUUUGGCCCCUGAAAAAACAGAAACAGGUUCAGAUCAAUACUCCUAACCCUGAACUGUGUGACUCUGGAGCGUUCCCCGUGAUCCCAGCACAUGGCAAUGCUUCGCUAGCCUAGUUACUUUGCAUUUGAGAUCCGGUUCGCAGGUGUCAGAGACCCUUUUUUAUUCCAAAUGCUGUUUGGGGG